CUAGUUUUAUGUGCCGCACUAUCGCGAAUAUGUCGAUUCUAAGCCGCGAAUUUACUUUGGAUUUAAAUAAGUUCAAUUAGAAAAUGUUUAAAAAUUCCGUAGCCUUGGCGUGCGAAUUUUCAACCAUGUAUUAUAACUCAAUCUAUAAUACAUCGACCAUGUUCGACAUGAAACACUCCGAAAGUCAAGUUCAGCCACAGAUAUAUAACACAAAUCACCUAGGAUAUGUGCCAACUUCAAAUACUCGGAUUGUUAAGAAACGUAAUACAGCUAACAAAAAGGAGAGAAGGCGAACCCAAAGCAUAAACAAUGCCUUUUCUUAUCUUAGAGAAAAGAUUCCCAAUGUUCCUACAGAUACUAAAUUAUCAAAGAUUAAAACAUUGAAGCUGGCCAUAUUGUACAUAAACUAUUUAGUUAAUGUUCUUGAUGGAGAUCAGGAUCCAAAAGGCGGAUUUCGAGCUGAACUUAAGCCGGUCAGCCGUAAGAUUUGUGGCGAAAAGAAGCACUGUUUAAAAUCAGAGAUUCAAAAUGUUCCAUUGUCGACCAAGGGGCGUACGGGUUGGCCACAAGAUGUUUGGGCAUCGGAACUUAUUCCAGAACAUAACUAAGCCCGUAAUCUACUUAAAUGAUGUUUUAUUCUAUAUAUGUAUAUAUUAAUAAUCUAUUUAUAA